GUUUCUAGUCACUCCGUAAUACAACCGUAGCAAUGUUUUGUCACGAUCUUUUCAUUCAAGCUAUAAGUUGCUUAUUUACAUAACGAAGUGAUAUAUUGGCUUAGUUGCAAUACUACUCAAAUGCGUAUAGAGUUAUCUUUUAAAAAGCUAUAAGCCUCAAACCAUACUAGAUCAACGUUGUGGCUGAAGAUGCGGCUACUAACGAUGACAUCUUAAUUAGAUAAUCAGACUCGGAUUAUUAUACCCUAAGUACCAAAGUACCAAAGUACCCUAAGCCUUGAAGUAUCUAGCUCGGAUUAACCUCAAAAAUUCGAUCGCACUUAACAAUUGAAGCUUAAGAUUUGCAGUCGAAGCGGCAUUGACCUAUCACGAAUUCAUGUCCCAUGAGUUUGCGAGGUGUUGUUAAACCUGUACAUUCAUGGCGACAACUAGCUCUAUUCGGCCUUCAAUUGGCCGAAUAUUGAGUUCUGUAGGAAACCAGUAUGCCACAAACCCGACUUCCAUCCUCGCCAUCCUCUCGACAAGAGCUGCGACUCAGAGCUGUCCAUUCUCGUCCACCUCAGAGCGAAGCAUGCGCCGACCCCGUCGCGACAACAACCGAUUGCGUGGCUUGAGUGUUAUAUACCGGUCCGGCCCGCGAUAUCGAACAAACAUCGACAAGGAUGAUUUACCAAAGCCUUCGGACUACGUACCGGAGGUGGAGGUGGACCCGAAUCACGGUUUAUGGCAGUUCUUCUACGCAAAGGACAAACUCCUGCUCACGCCGGAAGAGGAGUCCCAGCACGGGCGCGGUUGGAGCGUCGAGGAAUUACGACAUAAACGCUGGAAGGACUUGCACAGGCUUUGGUGGGCUUGUAUCAAGGAGCAAAAUCGCAUCUCCACCGCGCGCAGGGAGAAGCAGCGAUUAAAGUUCGGGGAUGGAGAGGAAGAAUUGGUUGCAAGACUAGAAGAGGUUCGCAAGACUAUGAAGGCAAUCAAGCACACGUUAACGGAACGAUUCUACUUAUGGGAGGAUGCGAGAAAGCUGGCCGAGGCGGAUCCGGAAAUCGAUCUAAGCACCACCAAAAACCCUUAUGCUCCGAGCUCUUAUAUCGAGGACGUCGACCCAGAGCCGCCUAAGGAAGAACCGCCCAAGGAGGAAGAAACAAAACAAAUAGAAGGACAGCAGGAGGAGGGCACCGAAAAGUCGGCGGCCGACCAAGUCGAUCCAUCUACACUUCCACCAUCACCAGGUGGAGAGACUCAGCAACCAUCGGCAAAGGUAUAAGUCGUCGAGACUUUGAUAUCAUUGAUGCAUAUGUGUCGUGUGUAUUCGGCAUAAGAUGGAAAAGCUUUAUGACAAUCUUGUCAUAACAAAGCAUUGUAAAUAAUAAAAUGAAUAUAUCCAUGAAUAUAUAAACAUCAAGUGUAUAUCCUAUGUAUGCAUUUUAUGUCGAGCGAUGACCUGCGUGCAUGAAUGAUACGAAUGUACCUACUUAUCAUUGGACUUAGAUGAUGUGUAAGUGAUCCCCACCCCUAAUUAAAAGGUCCAGAUGUGUUAUGUAAGUUUAGAUGGCUCAGAUGGCGAGGCCGAUAUUGUCAACGAGGCUGUCUAGAGGAGCUAUUAGUAUUAAUUGAUGUGCUUUGCCUGGUACCUGGUUAGGUGCGUAUUUAGUACUAAAUUAGAUUCCUGAAUCAUGGAACGAUGAAAUAAUGAUACUAAGGAAAUGCUAGGAAAUACUAGGAAACACUAGAUAAAUAGGGCCACAGGCAGCUAUGUUAUCAAACGAGGCGUGGUUGCUGAUUUAAAAGAGAUUAAGUUUAUACCAUAAUCUUUAAUUGGAUGGUAAGGGGGGAAAAGGGGGGGAUGG